AAAAUCCGAAACUAGGGCAUGACGGAGAUAGGUAUGGAAAUGGACCCCGGAGGGGGUGUACUUGCAUCCAGUGAUUUUCUGCCUCCCUCUCAAGUCCAACCAGGGUGCUCAGGGUGGUGAGCAGGUGUGUUGUGUUGACUAUGAGAUCCACUCUGUUAACAAGUGGAGGGCUUCAUCUGGACACAGGAGCACUUGACCUUGGCCUUACCAAAGCAGUAGUCCAAGAUUUCCUUGCAGGCCAGGAAGAAGACACUCGCCACUUCAUCCACACUCUCCCCAAUCUGAUUGGCACCUUUCAGCACACUAGUGGGCCGGUCCUCCGUAACAAGAACAGGGGCCCCGCCCGAACGUUUGCGUGCAGGCCAGGGCAGUCCCCUGCUUUUGGGGAAGGGCACGUUGGACUUGUGGGAAGUGUCGGGGCCCUGACUCCCACCUGCAAGCAGAUGGGGGGCGAGGGAAUCCUAGUGAAAAGCAAAUCACUAUUCGGACACGCCAACAAGAGUAUGGGUAAGAUGGACCCUGUGGUGUCGAACGGUAGCAAGCAGCCACGGGAGGCGGACGAUGUUCAGGGCGCCGUGGGUUUGGGGGAGCUUCUGGGGGGGCUACCGAUGCCCUCACCUGAGCCGUGCCCCGAGGGUAAGAGGAGGAACGUCCGCAAGGGGCCAAACCAUGGCGCAGCGCAGACCAACUGCAUCCGGCAGAUCCUGCUACUGCAACUGGAGCUCAUCGAACAGCAGCAACAGCAGCUGCAGUCCAAGAACCACGAGAUCGACGACCUCAAGGCGGAAAAGGAGAUGUUGAUCGCACGUAUCGACCGCAUGGAGCGGAGGUUGCAGCAGACUGUGAAGAAGGCCGCGCCACGCACCCCCCAGACGUCGUCUACAGCCACGAGGCGGAAAGAGCCGGAACCCCUGUCUGAGACAGCGCAAGGCCCAGGGCUGUCCCAGAGAGGGCUGCACACCCCCAAACAGCCAUAUUUUGGCCGGGGCGGCAAGGGCCAUAAAAGACGCUUCCUAUGUCAAGAGCCCCGAGUUGGCCGGUCUCGCCGCGGCGGAGGCCCCCGCUCCCCUCCCCAGAGAGUCGUUGUCUUCAAAGAGAAGGAGGAUGAGGGGGAUUACGACGAAGAGGAAGAGGAUACGGUGCGGGAAGACUUCAGCCUCCAGAGCUCACCCAGCACAGGGGAGGACGUGGCGUCAGCGAAGCUGAUGCAAGAGCUCCCCUACCUGGCCACCACCGACAUGUACCUGUGCUGCUGGCAGCCGCCACCCACCUCCAACUCACCCUGGCGUGACCCCUCUCCCACCCAAGAUGACAUGGUGGACGUGCCCUCCUGGAGAGAGAACACGGUGGCUCCGCUGGGAGAGAAGGAAGCGGCUAACAUCCCAGAGAGCCUGGAGGAUACGGUGUUCCGGAAGCGACACAUUAAGCUGGAGCUGGACGAGAAGAGGAGGAAGAGAUGGGACAUCCAGCGCAUCCGUGAGCAGCGCAUCUUCCAGCGGCUGCAGCAGCGCAUGAACAAGAAGAAGGCCAUCCCUGAGCCCGAGUCCCACUUGCUGUCCUUCUACCCCGAAGCCGAGGACGUUGAAUCCAUCAUGAUCACACCUUUCCUGCCAGUGGUGGCAUUUGGUAGACCUCUGCCAAACAUAAAACCACAGAACUUUGAACUCCCGUGGCUGGAUGAACGUGAACGUGUCCGAUGUCGGCCGGAGGUAUCCGUCAAGAAGAAGAAAAAAACGCCCCAUAGAAUGUGCCGGAAGUGAGCCUUUCUCCAGAGCACCCUGACCCAAUCAGACGAGAACCAGAGUGCUAGCUUCCCCCCACGUAUAGAGGGAAAGCCUGUAAUGGACUUAGUGAAUGUAGAAGGGCUGGGAGUUUGUGUGGGGGGAGGCAGUAAGAAAUGUAUGACCAGCAGUGAACAUUUGGAGGGAAAGGCGCAGGUUUUCCAGGUUCUGGGGAAUGGAAAACAGUUCUCGCUGUCAAGAGCAGCACGUAGUGGAAGACAGAGAAUCCCCUGCAGAUCAUUUGUGAUGUUUCGGCCCUGUAAAUCUGCCCCAAACUCAGCCUAACUGGAAGUACUUAUGACAACACACAAACUACCCCAACUUGCUGAACUCUUAUUGUAGAGGGACUUUCUUUUUUGUUCAUCUUUUUGUUUUUCUUCAAACAGCGCAGAAUGUAUGUUUCAGUUCUUUGUUGGCAGUUUAUCAAGCUUUUUGUGUCAUCUAUAUGCCAGACCUACUCAUCCACCUCUCUUAACAAGGGGGAACACAUUGAGGACAGAGGAGUGAACAGGUUACAGUUCAAAAACCGUCAUAAAAAGGUGGUAUAUUAAGAUGUGUUAAAUUCGUCUUGCUUCUCUACUUUAGUUGAGAGGGAAUGUUCUGUUCAAAUGUACAAAAAGAUUGCUAAUAAUUUGUUGUAAAAAGAAGAGGAAAUGUUAUGUUAUAAAAAAAAAUAUGUGAGAGCUAUUCUUGUGAAGAUAUUCCAAAACAUUAAACUUGUUAACAACUGAAA